GGAGACAGUAACAUAGGCACUGACACGUCCAGCUAACAUGUUGGUUCACACAUGAAAAGGAGAACAAGGCUGCGUUCACCUGUCACAGGAUCCAGAGUGGAGCUCAUCAUCUGUCCGAAAUGUUAAGCAGCUGGUUAACGUUCACUGCUCUUCUGGCUGCUUCAGAGAGUCUCCUCACUGUUGCACCAACCUGCAGGGUCAAAGGUCAUGCAGAGGUGGAGCUGACUCUAUACUGUGGAGAUGGAAAGAACAGAGGCCUGGUCCAGUACUGGCACACUCCCUUUGGAGAACUGCAGACUCCAGGCUUCCAGAGUGAACUGGACCCUGUCUUCAUGCGCCAGGACGGAAGCCUGGUCGUCCCCAACAGCAGUGACUUCCACAGCGGCCUGUACUACUGCCUCCUGCAGCACAGCGAGGGUGCCACACUGUGGCCAUAUGAGCUCCAUAUCAUGUCUGCAAGUCAACAAAACCAAGACUAUGAUGAAUAUGAGCAGAGCAGCAGCAGCAGCAGCUGUCACCAGCUCAGGGUCAGGAGAGAUGCUGAGUUUGAGGAGGAGGAGGAGGAGACAGUUGUUACUGAGCAGCAGUUUGCAGGAGCUGUGGCAGCAUCAGUCCUGCUCACCUUUGUGGUGGGAUUCAGCACUGGAGCACUGACCAGAACUCAUGUUCUCAGGUGUUUUAGGGCAUUCACUGCUAAGGUGCGAUCAACUCGGCGACAACAAUGCCAAUCGGGCACACCAGACCACGGCUCUGAGGUCUCCAUGGCAACACUGCCACCCACGUACGUCAACAAGGCCUUUGCAAUGGGACAGGAACAGAAUGAUGUAACCACGGAGACGGCGACUCCGUCAACAUCCUCAAAUCCCCCUGAUAAACCUCGGAGAAGCUUCAGGCUUAAACGAGAUGAGGAGCAGGAAACACCAGCAUAUCUGGAGGGAUGUGACUAUGAGGAGGAGAUGAGGAAGAAAGAGGAGGAGCUAAGAGGAAGACAAAGUCUGAGGGAAAAUCAAAAAGGGUGUGAAGAGGAGGACAGAGAUCUCAGGGGUUUCUAUAAAUUAGAAGAUGAUGGACAAAGUCAAACUGAAAGAGAAGAGCAGAGAGACAGUGAGGAUGGAGAGAGCAGGGAUGAGAUGAAGGAGUGUGAACAGGAGGAGGGAGGAGGAAGACAACUGGAACAAAAUCAAAAAUGGUGUGAAGAGGAGGAUGUGCAGAAAGAAAGAGAGACCCGGGGUUUCAAUCUACUAAAGGAUGAUGGAUGGAGUGAAACUGAAACAGAAGAGGAGAGGCACAGUGAGGAUGGAGAGAGCAGGGUGUUUAGACAGGAGGAGGAAGAGGUGGCAAAUGAGCAGGUGAGGAGAAGGGAGGAUGGCGAAGAGAGCAGAGGAAAAGAGCAGGAAGAAGGAAACAAGGAGAAAGUGAGAGAUUAUGAGGAGGAAAAUGUUGGUGAAAAGGGCAGACAACAAUCAUCGGACAUGGAUGAUGAAGAGACGGGGACUAAACAUGAUGUCAUGAAAGGAAAAGGAUCAUCUUCGUCUCCUGGUUCAGCCCGUCGCAGCCGCGUCAUACGCUUGUACCAGUACGACGAAGAAGGCCAGAGAUACUCCCACCUUCCAGACCCCUCCUCUGAUGAUCCAGCCCCGGCCCCGAGACUGAAGCAGCGCUCGCUCUCUCUGACACGCCUCAACACAAUCAUGGCUGCUGCCUCAGCUGGGCCACUGGACAGGGGGGAGACAGAGAGGGAGGAUGGAGAGGGGAGGCUGCACUUCCACAUGGAGAUAUAACAGAGACACUAGAAAAUAAACAUGUCGUGUCAGUUUUGUCUUCAGCCACAGAGCAGAGACAUUUUCACAACCAAGUAUCACCAAGUGUAUACUCAAAGGUCUGAGACUCUUGUCC